AUGUCAAUGCUGCGAUCUCUAGUGCACCGCUUGGUCCCGCAGCACGCCGGACAUUGGCACAAAGGCGAGCAAGGUCGUGUGGGCGUGAUCGGCGGCUCGUUUGAAUACACCGGCGCUCCGUUCUACGCCGGCACUUCGAGUCUCAAGACAGGCGCAGAUCUGUGCCAUAUCUUUUGCGUCGAGGAGGCCGCAGUCCCGAUCAAAUGCUACAGUCCAGAGCUUAUCGUGCAUCCGCUGCUGCGGUCGGAAGCUUCGUUGGCUGGCGUUGAGAAGCCGAAGCGCUUUGGCAUUCUAUCUGAAGCAGUGGAGAAGAUUGCACAGGUGCUGCCGCGACUUGACGUCUUGGUGAUCGGACCCGGACUUGGACGAGACGCUAGUGUGCAAGAAAUUGUUCGACAAGUUAUUGGACAGGCCAGAGACGCCGAUUUGCCACUGAUUCUAGACGGCGACGCUCUCUACUUAGUUAGUCUAAGACCAGAUACAGUGAAGGGCUACACGAAAGCGAUCCUCACACCGAACGCAAUGGAGUAUGCGCGUUUGUGCGCAACGACUCGACUCGUGACGGACGUGGAUGUCGCUAAGGCUGCGACAAUCCCGCCAGCUCGACUCAGUGAAGUCUUGGGGUACCCGGUGGUCAUUCGGAAAGGAAGCGUGGAUGUUAUCUCAGAUGGAACGAUCACGGUGGAAAACAAGGAGUGCGGAUGCCCGCGUCGGUGUGGUGGCCAAGGAGAUAUACUCGCUGGAUCCAUUGCGACAUUUGCGGCCUGGGUGAAGCACGCCAAGCUAGCCGAUUUCGGAGGCAAUCCACUGCUGCUUGCGGUCUAUGGAGGCUCUCUCGUGACACGGGCCAGCUCGUGUAUUGCCUUUGGUGAGCACCAACGCGCUAUGACGGCGCCUGACGUGUUGCACUGCGUCGGCAAAGGUUUUGUCAAAAUGUUCCCCCAAUGA